AUGCUCAAGCCCCAGGCCAACUCCACCAGGGAGCUGGUGUCUCUCGAUGGCAUCUGGAACUUUGCCAUCGCUGACUCGGUCGACAUUGAAACGGAUGCACCCUGGGCCAAAAUCAUUCCAUCAACAUUGCAGGUGCCAGUCCCAGCCAGCUACAACGACAUCUUUGUGGACGAGAAAAUCCGCAGUCAUGUUGGCUGGGUCUACUACCAGCGCCAAGUCACGGUCCCCCGGAGCUGGGCCGCACAGCGUUACCUCCUACGUUUCGACGCUGCGACACACCACGGCCGCGUUUACGUCGAUGAGAAGCUAGUCGCUGAUCAUUCAGGCGGAUACACGCCCUUCGAGACGGAUAUCACCGACGUCGUCAAACCAGGCCAGAAGUUCCGGCUCACCGUGGCUGUUAGCAACGAACUUUCUUGGGAGACGAUACCGCCCGGGCGGAUUGAGACUCUUGCCAAUGGAAGACAAAAACAGCAUUAUCAGCAUGACUUUUUCAACUAUGCCGGGCUUGCAAGAUCGGUGUAUCUCUAUUCAGUGCCUCAGAACCGCAUUAAAGACAUCACUGUCGUAACAGAGAUUGGCGGUAACAGCCAAGGAGUCGUCGAUUUUGAGAUUGAAACGACGCAUCCUGUCACAGACGACGUUGUUGAGGUUCUGGUCUUUGACGAACAAGGCUCUCUUGUGGCGUCUGCAAACACUUCCAAAGGCCGGAUCGAAAUUGAGUCGGCUCAUCUUUGGCAACCCGGGGCUGCCUACCUGUACCAACUGCAUGCCAGAAUUCUCUCCGCGCCUGGAUCUGCUGAUGUCCUUGAUACCUAUGAGCUCUCCUUCGGUAUUCGAACAAUCAAAGUCGAAGGAAACCGCUUCCUCAUCAACGGCAGCCCCUUCUACUUCACCGGCUUCGGCAAACACGAGGACAGCCCGAUCCGUGGAAAGGGCUUCGACCCAGCCUACAUGAUCCACGACUUCAACCUCAUGUCCUGGGUGGGCGCCAACUCCUUCCGCACAUCGCACUACCCGUACGCCGAAGAAGUCCUGGACUACGCCGACCGGCACGGCAUCGUGGUCAUCAACGAGACGGCCGCGGUGGGUCUGAACCUUGGCAUUAUCGCGGGCAUGUUCGGCAUCAAGCCGCCGCCGACCUUCUGCCCGGAAGCGUGCAGCGACAAAACACAGGCCGCCCACGAACAGGCGCUCCGGGAGCUGGUGGCGCGCGAUAAGAACCACCCGUCCGUGGUGAUGUGGACCGUCACGAACGAGCCGGCCUCCGCCGAGCCCGGCGCUCGCGAGUACCUGGAGCCGCUGGUGUCGUUGACCCGCAAGCUGGACCCGACGCGGCCGGUGUGCUUUGCGAACAUGGGCUUUGCCACGUGUGAAAAGGACCGCGUGACGGACCUGUUCGAUGUCAUCUGCUUGAACCGCUACUACGGGUGGUAUUCGCAGACUGGAGACCUGGAAGCGGCGGAGAAGGUGCUGGAAGAUGAUCUUUUAGGAUGGCAGGAAAAAUACGGGAAGCCCAUUAUCAUGACGGAGUACGGCGCGGAGGCAUUGUCUGGACUGCAUUCUGUUACAAACUUGCCGUGGAGUGAGGAGUACCAAGCUAGGUUCUUGGAAAUGUUCCACCGCGUGUUCGACCGGGUUGAUAGCGUGGUAGGUGAGCAUGUCUGGAAUUUUGCGGAUUUCCAUACAACAUCUGGUAUCCAUCGCGUAGACGGAAACAAAAAGGGGGUCUUCACACGGGACAGAAAACCGAAGAGCUCGGUUCAUGUGUUGAAGAAGAGAUGGACAGAAAUGCCAAAGAAGGCUCUUUCUUGA